AUGACGGGGUCCAAGAUUGAUGGCACUGCCAUUGCAAAGGAUAUUCGUGAGAAGUUGAAGGGGGAGAUUGCUGAACUGCAGGCGAAGAAUCCUAGGUUUAAACCUAAUUUGGUUAUUUAUCAAGUUGGAGAUAGAUCUGAUUCUAGCACAUAUGUGCGCAUGAAAUUGAAAGCUGCUGAAGAAGCAAACAUCCUCUGCAGCAUCAUCAAGUUCCCUGAAACCAUUACAGAAGCAGAACUCCUUUUCGAGAUUGAGAAGUCCAACAAUGACGCUGAGGUCCACGGUAUACUGGUCCAGCUUCCGCUACCAAAUCACAUCUCCGAACAUGCCAUCACAUCAGCAGUCUCUGAUGAUAAGGAUGUCGAUGGCUUCGGCACCAUGAGCAUUGGCGCUCUUGCCAAGCGAGGUGGCCAGCCAUUGUUCGUCCCUUGCACACCUCAGGGUGUCAUGGAACUUCUCCGAGUGAGCGGGGUCAAUCCUGCCGGUAAAGAGGCCGUGGUUGUCGGUCGUAGUGAUAUCGUCGGUAGCCCCGUCAGCUACUUGCUCAAGAACGCGGAUGCGACUGUGACAGUGUGCCAUUCCAAGACGAAGAACCUAGGCGAGAUUCUCAAGAGAGCGGACAUGGUUGUCGCUGCUAUCGGACAACCUGAGUUCAUCAAGGGCGAUCAGCUCAAACCCGGCGUUGUGGUCAUCGAUGUCGGCACCAACUAUAUUCCUGAUGAUACGAAGAAGUCUGGCCAGAGGCUCGUAGGUGACGUCCACUUCGAGUCUGCCGUUGAGGUCGCCUCUCAGAUCACCCCUGUCCCUGGUGGUGUUGGACCUAUGACUGUCGCCAUGCUGUUGAAGAACGUUGUUAGCUCUGCCAAAGCAUACUUUGAUAAGCAACGAGACCGACACAUCACUCCUCUUCCUAUCAAGCUGCUCAACCCAGUCCCUUCAGAUAUCGCCAUUUCGCGCGCUCAGAAACCCAAGGCUAUCACUAAGAUUGCUGCCGAAGUCGGCAUUGCUGCUCAUGAGCUUGAGCCAUAUGGUCACACAAAGGCAAAGGUCAGCUUCUCUGUUCUUGACCGCCUGUCUCACCGUCGCGACGGUCGUUAUGUCCUUGUUACUGGUAUCACCCCAACUCCUCUUGGCGAAGGAAAGUCCACUACUACCAUGGGUCUUACCCAAGCCCUCGGAGCGCAUUUGAACAGAAUUGUCUUUGCCAACGUCCGACAGCCCAGUCAGGGUCCCACUUUUGGUAUCAAGGGAGGUGCUGCUGGUGGUGGUUACAGUCAGGUUAUUCCUAUGGACGAGUUCAACCUCCAUUUGACCGGAGAUAUCCAUGCCAUUACUGCAGCAAACAACUUGUUGGCAGCCGCUAUCGAUACCCGCAUGUUCCAUGAAGCCACCCAGAAGGAUGCAGCUCUCUAUAAACGAUUGGUGCCUACUAAGAAGGGAAAGCGUGAAUUCCAGCCUAUCAUGUUCCGUCGCUUGAAGAAACUGGGCAUCACCAAGACCGACCCUAACGAGUUGACUGAAGACGAGAUUCACCGCUUCGCUCGUCUCGAUAUUGACCCCGACACCAUCACAUGGCGCCGCGUGCUCGAUGUUAAUGAUCGCCAUCUUCGUGGAGUUACCAUCGGUCAAGCCCCUACUGAGAAGGGUCUCUCGCGACAGACUGGUUUCGAUAUUUCAGUUGCUAGUGAAUGUAUGGCUAUUCUUGCGCUCUGCAACGAUUUGGCAGAUAUGCGUGAACGUCUCGGACGUAUGGUUGUCGCGACAUCAAAGAACGGUGACCCCGUUACAUGUGACGAUCUCGGUGUUGGAGGUGCUUUGACCGCUCUCAUGAAAGACGCUAUCAAGCCCAACAUGAUGCAGAGUUUGGAAGGUACCCCAGUUUUUGUCCACGCAGGACCUUUCGCAAACAUCAGUAUCGGCGCCAACUCCGUUGUGGCUGACAAACUCGCUUUGAAGCUUGCCGGUACCGAACCCGACGAGGACCACGACGCAAAGACCGGUUUCGUUGUCACCGAAGCCGGUUUCGAUUUCACAAUGGGUGGUGAACGAUUCUUCAACAUUAAGUGCCGAUCGUCAGGCCUUGUUCCCGAUGUCGUGGUGGUGGUUGCUACAGUCCGAGCUCUCAAGGUUCACGGCGGUGGUCCAGAAAUCUCUCCUGGCGCUCCUUUACCUGAAGUUUACCGUACCGAGAAUGUCGACAUCCUUCGCAAGGGAUGUGUCAACCUCCGCAAACACAUACAAAACGCACGCCAAUACGGUAUACCCGUCGUGGUCGCCGUCAAUAAAUUCGAAACCGACACCGAUGCCGAAAUCGCGGUCAUCCGUGAAGAAGCCAUUGCAGCCGGUGCCGAAGACGCCGUACCUGCCAACCACUGGGCUGAAGGUGGUGCUGGCGCCGUCGAUCUGGCCAAGAGCGUCAUCACAGCCAGUUCUCAGCCCAAGGAUUUCAAGCUUUUGUACAGCCUCGAGGGAUCUGUGCAAGAACGCAUUGACCAGAUUGCCAAGGUCAUGUAUGGCGCUGAUAAGGUUGAGUUUAGUGAACUUGCUCAGAAGAAGGUUGAUACAUAUACCAGACAAGGGUUUGGUAACUUGCCGAUUUGUAUAGCCAAGACGCAGUACUCGUUGAGUCAUGAUCCUUCAUUGAAGGGAGCGCCUACUGGAUUCACUGUUCCGAUCCGUGAUGUCAGACUUUCGGCCGGUGCUGGUUAUUUGUACGCGCUCGCUGCUGAUAUUCAAACCAUCCCCGGUCUCCCCACGGCACCUGGCUACCUCAACGUUGACGUUGACCCUGUCACCGGCGAGAUUGACGGUCUUUUCUAAAUCACUUUUUCAUUUUCUUUUCGAUUCUGUUAUUUAUGAUAUCCGUUGAGAUAUGAUGUUACAAAAUAUCUUCAUCACGUUGCAUAUAACAUGUUUCAACACAAUGCAUGGAUCUGGAAGUUGGGGUAGGGGUUUCUUGUGUAUAGGUUAGUGGUUAGUGGUUAGUGGUUUGUAUGGUUUAUUUAAUUCAGUCAAUGAUUCAUAUUGUAU